UGUGUGUGACGAAUCUGAGUCCAGGUGAAGCGCCUCAGCCGCGUGGAUGAGUGUGUUUGGCUGUGAACCGUGUGCGCUCUGCUGCGCGCGCCCUGCUGCAUGUCAGUGGAUCACCGCAGCGCCAUGGAGACGUGAGGACACCAGCGCGGCGUGUAUAUUAAUCCAGCAUUAUAUUAUACUUUUGGCCACCUUUUUCUUUUCCCUUUAACUUCGGGACCGCCCGCUAAGCCUUUAUCUCUCCCUGGAUAUUCGACCAGAAGUGAUGUCGCUGCGACCGGCCACACUCCUGCUGCUGCUGUGCGCUCUGCGCGCUCCUCUGGCGGUUGAUGGGCAGUUGGAGGACGCUCGUUUCACCGACCUCGGUGAUGCAAUCGACUACAAAGAUCCUUGCAAAGCUGCUGCCUUUUGGGGAGACAUCGCUCUGGAUGAAGAGGACCUCCACAUGUUCAAAGAGGCCCCCAACAGUGACCGAGAGCAGCUCAGAGUCCAGACCAACCACACAGACUCAGUUAACGGCUCCACCUCCAAUGAGAGUAUCAGGGGUAAAAGAGCCGCGAACCGGAUCCUCCAUCGCCUGAGGAGGGCGGCCACCUCCAGACCUGAGCGAGUGUGGCCGGACGGCAUUAUACCGUAUAUGAUCAGUGGGAAUUUUAGUGGCAGUCAGCGAGCCAUUUUCCGCCAGGCGAUGCGUCACUGGGAGAAACACACUUGUGUAACGUUCACCGAGAGGACGACUGAAGAGAGCUACAUUGUUUUCACCUACCGGCCAUGUGGGUGUUGUUCCUACGUGGGGAGGCGAGGCGGUGGUCCCCAGGCCAUCUCCAUAGGGAAGAACUGCGAUAAGUUUGGCAUUGUGGUGCAUGAGCUCGGCCACGUGAUCGGCUUCUGGCACGAACACACUCGUCCGGACCGCGACGAGCAUGUCAGCAUCAUCAGAGACAACAUCCAGCAAGGACAGGAGUACAACUUCCUGAAGAUGGAACCAGGCGAGGUCGACUCGCUCGGGGAAGUAUACGACUUUGGCAGCAUCAUGCAUUACGCAAGGAAUACAUUUUCCAGAGGGAUCUUCUUAGAUACGAUCUUGCCCCGUUAUGAUGUCAACGGAGCCAGGCCGCCCAUUGGACAGAGGACCAGGCUUAGUAAAGGGGAUAUUUCACAAGCCCGCAAACUCUACAAAUGUGCAAGGUGUGGCGACAACCUGCAGGAGAGCGCUGGGAACUUUUCUUCUCCCGGUUUCCCCAACGGGUACUCGGCGUACGCUCACUGUGUCUGGAGGAUUUCUGUCACUCCGGGAGAGAAGAUUGUUCUGAAUUUCACCUCCAUGGAUCUCUUCAGGAGUCACCUGUGUUGGUACGACCACGUGGAGGUCCGAGACGGGUUCUGGAGGAAGGCUCCACUGAAAGGCCGUUUCUGUGGAGACACGCUUCCUGAUCCAAUCGUCUCUACUGACAGUCAACUGUGGAUUGAGUUCAGGAGCAGCAGCAGUUGGGUGGGCAAAGGCGUUUCAGCCGUUUAUGAAGCCAUCUGUGGGGGAGAGGUGAAGCGGGACAGUGGCCAGAUCCAGUCUCCCAAUUACCCUGACGACUACCUGUCCAAUAAAGUGUGCGUGUGGAAAAUCACAGUGGCAGAGGGUUUCAACGUCGGCCUCUCGUUCCAGUCGUUUGAGACUGAGAGACACGACAGCUGUGCCUACGACUACGUGGAGGUGAGGGACGGCAGCUCAGACAACAGCCCGCUGCUCGGCCAUUUCUGUGGCUAUGACAAACCAGACGACAUCAAAAGCAGCUCCAACCAGCUCUGGCUGAAGUUUGUAUCGGACGGAUCCAUCAACAAAGCUGGGUUCGCAGCCAACUUUUUUAAAGAGAUGGACGAGUGCUCCCUACCCGACAACGGCCACUGCGAGCAGCGCUGUCUGAACACGCUGGGCAGCUACAGAUGUGCCUGCGAGCCUGGAUAUGAGCUGGCAGCUGACAGACGCAGCUGUGAGACAGCUGCCUGCGGUGGGUUCAUCACCAUGCUGAACGGCUCGCUCACCACCCCCGGCUGGCCCAAGGAGUACCCACCCAACAAGAACUGCGUGUGGCAGCUGGUGGCACCCAUUCAGUAUCGCAUCACGCUGGUGUUCGAUGUGUUUGAGACCGAAGGGAAUGAUGUGUGUAAAUAUGAUUACGUGGACGUGCGCAGCGGCCUGAGUUCAGACUCGGCGCUUCACGGGAAGUUCUGUGGAGCAGAGAAACCCGAGGUCAUCACCUCCCAACACAACAACAUGAGGAUUGAGUUCAAGUCAGACAACACCGUGUCCAAGAGGGGCUUCAAGGCUCACUUCUUCUCUGAUAUUGAUGAGUGCUCCAAAGACAACGGAGGCUGCCAGCAUGAGUGUGUGAACACCUUCGGAAGCUACAGCUGUCAGUGUCGCGGGGGCUUCAUGCUUCAUGAUAACAGGCACGACUGCAAGGAAGCCGGCUGUGAUCAUGUUGUAAACAGUGUGUCGGGCAUAAUCAGCAGCCCCAACUGGCCUGACAAAUAUCCCAGCAAGAAGGCCUGCACCUGGUCACUGACCACAACCCCAGGCCAUCGGAUCAAACUCGUCUUCAAUGAGAUCGACAUGGAGGCUCAUCUGGAGUGUGCUUACGACCAUCUGGAGAUCUACGACGGGCGAGACGUCCGCGCGCAGAGCCUGGGGCGCUUCUGCGGCACCAAGAAGCCUCCUCCGGUCGUUUCUAGUGGCAACAAAAUGUUCCUGCAGUUCUUCUCAGACAACUCCGUGCAGAAACGAGGCUUUGAGGUUUCAUACAGAGCAGGAUGUGGAGGGAGCCUUAAAGCUGAGGUCAAGACAAAAGACCUGUACUCCCAUGCACAGUUCGGAGAUAACAACUAUCCCGGGGGCUCUGACUGUCUGUGGGUGGUCACUGCUGAGAAGGGUUACGGAGUGGAGAUCAUCUUCCAAGUGUUUGAGAUCGAGGAGGAGGCCGACUGCGGGUAUGAUUACGUGGAGCUGUAUGACGGCGCGGACGUCAAGUCUCCCAGGCUGGGACGAUAUUGCGGAUCCGGGGCCCCAGAAGAGGUCUAUUCAGCUGGAGACGCCGUCGUUUUAAAGUUUCACUCGGAUGACAGCAUCAAUAAAAAGGGCUUCCACGUACGCUACACCAGCACGAAGUUCCAGGACACGUUACACGCAAGCAAGUGACUCUCUAAUCCGACCCCAAACCUAAAUGGAGACUUCAGCCCUAACAUUUGGUCGCACACGCCCUUUUCCAGACGAGGAGUGAAUGCAUGGAUUGAUACCGCAAACACCAACCAGCAUACUUCACAUUCACAUCUGCUAGAGAGAGUAAAAGCCGUGCCGAGAAAUUGCAUCUUUGCUUUUGCUCAGUGUGUAGCUGCACAGGAUGAAGGUUUGAAGUGAUUCUUUUUUUUGAUUGUAUUCAGUCACGUCGCCAGUGAUGAGACGAUUAUGUCAUAACACUGCUGAGAUAUAAAAUGUAUAUAUUGUGAUAUAGUUUGCCUUGUUUUUUUGUUUUUUUAAAUCAUGACAUCAGUGAUAUCACUUUUACUGUCUGAGGGUGAAAAGUUGACCAUACAAAGAAUGUAACGCACUUUUUGUUGUUUAUAUCAAUUUACAAAUCUAAUUUUCUGACCCUACAUUGCCUUAGUUCAGUUUUUGAUUUUCCUUGCAGUACAUUAACAUUACCUCAAAGUAUAUUUUCAACUCCUUUUUUCCCCCUAACAUUUUUUAAACCACUGUCGUGUUUCCAUGAAACAUUUUCUGCUUUUCUACUAACUCGUGUUUCUGUGCAGAAAACACACAGUAGUUCACCAUGAUGAUGGAGGAAAUCAACACCUCAGACUGAAAACUGUUUUCAGACAUGGACUUUUGCAAAAUGUCUGCCAGAUCUGCUGUUAGACGCGUUCACAACUGCAGGAAAAUUUCCGGAACAUGGGCUCACUCUGGCAUUUUCUGGAUAUUUUACAAUGGUGCCGGCAGGAAAAGUUCCAGGAGAUGUCCAGAGAAACAUUUGCAGACAUUUGUGUUCUCAGAUGCAGCCCCUCAGGAAAAUUUCAGAAAAAUGUUUGGUCUUCAGUGCCUGUCUGAAAGCAGCUCACGUCUGUUCAGUAUUUUGCUUUUAUAUCUCUACUAAUUAUUCUGCUUAUUGACCACGAGGAGAAACUUAACACAGGCUAAAAGUAUCAUUUGUUUCAUUCGUGACAUCACUGUUGGUUGUGGUUACAAGUGCAAGAGGGCACGUAGCUUUCGCCUCAGCUGUGGACAACACUGACAUGUAGUUAUUCUUAUUAUUUUACUCUUCUCUUGGAGUACACCCUCAGAUGACAAAUGUUUUGUCAUAUGGAAAUCCUGCGUACAUGGUGAUGUGGACAGUAUAAAACUAGCCUGGACAACAAGUGCUUCAACUUACACAGUAUGUAAUGAAAUGACAGCGAUGUUAUAUUUAUUUUCAUGCUGGAAUAAUAGGCACACUUUGGAAAAGUGUAAUUUUCAAGAAAUACUUUUAUUAAAAUAGUGAUAUUGGGUGCCGCAUAACAUGCAUCAGGCUUUGGAUUGUCAAGGGUGGGCAGCUGGUACAAUAGAUUCCUCUACUUGUACAGCAAAUACAAAGUAAAUUUCACAAAUUAUAACCAUUGUCCACAUCAAAAGAAAUAUUAUAAACUCUGUUUUCCAAAGCUUUUGAAUGCAUCAUAUACAUUGUUAGAAUGGUAUAAUGACACUAUAUGACCAACAAAAACAUGACACACUGACACUGUACAUUUUCAAAAAAUGUCAAAAAUAACCAUAUGAUUAAGGCGUUUACUUGAAUGUAUUAAUGUAUCAUGCAUUAAUAACAAGAUAACCACAAUAGCACAUACAUUUAACCUCAAACAGUCAGGUAACCAGACAGUUUCACAUUCUUCACCAAAGCACAGCUUCUCUGAAAUGAAAUGUGCGGCAGUAGAUCCAGUCUACAUACUGAACAACGUGUUUCUGUUGGACACGGGUCUAAUAUCAACUGUUGUACAAAUACAAAUAUGUAUGUAUCUAAUUCUGUACACUAUAAAGUAUGUUUUCUCUUUU